AGUUGUUCGUUCUUCUAGUUGGGAUACUAUGACUUCAAAUAUUAUUGAGGAUUAAUUUAUGACCAGGUAAGAAAUCCGAAAGCGCAGAAUCUAAUUAUUUUAAGAAUGUAAAUAUAAUAGCAGACAGCACCAAUAAGACUGGCUGCAAUAAUUUUUCAUAAAAUCUAACCUCAAAGUGUUCAGAACAAGUGUCCAGCAGCAAUUGAUCGAAAGCUAUUAUUUAUAUCAGUAAAUCAAAAAUAUUUUUAUCAAAAUGACAAUUACUCGUGGAAAUUUAGUUUCCGCAAUUCAUGCAAACGAUAUCAAGAAAUUUAAGAAGUUAUUGAAAUCAUCAAAAAUAUCAAGACUUCCUAUUCUUCAUGGAGGUUACAGUUUACUUAAACUUGCUCUUCAACACAAACGUAUUGAAAUUGCCGAGUUAUUGACAACAAAAAAUGCCGUAAAAGUAAAUAAAAAAACAAAUCAUUCAUUAAACACUCCAUUACACGACGCAGUUAGAUUGGGGCAGUCAAAAAUAGUCAAACAUCUCGUUUCAAUGGGCGCCAAUGUAAAUAUUCCUGGAAGACAUAACGCAACUGCUCUCCACGUGGCUGCAAAAUACGGACACUUUAAAAUCAUGGAAUACCUUUUGGAAAAUGGCGCCAAUGUGCGCGUCGUAUGUACGGGAAGAAACUAUAAGGGAUACACUCCUUUGCACUUUGCCUGCCAAGGAAAUCAUUUAAAAUGUGUGCGAUUACUUCUGAGGCACAAUGCUGCUGUAAAAGCGACUAAUUCUGGUGACAUUGAACCAGUCCACAUUGCAGUCAGCUCACUCAACAUAAAAAUAAUAUCUUUGCUCUUAAAUUACAACGCUGAUGUUAACGCUCGUUUUCGUAAUGAAUUUUACCCAUUGUUGGGCUUUAAUUUGCAUUAUCGAUAUGCUGACCAAAAUUUUACUCUAUUGCUUUGUGCAAUUAGCCGGCAAUCGACAAAAGUUGUCAAGUUAUUGCUAGACUACGGAGCAGAUGUCAAAAUGCGGGCUCACAUAUCAAUGGUUACACCUCUGAUAGAAGCUAUCGAAACAAAUGAUCCGGAAAUGGUCGAACUUAUUUUAGAUAAUGGAGGAGCUGCUUUCGUAAAUGUUUAUUCUUUUAUGGGUAUUGCACCUCUACAUCAUGUAAUAAUGAGUGCUGACACUUUAGCUUCUGCGUACUCGGAAAAAGAGAGUACUUUUAUUGCUGAAAAAUUGAAAAUAAUUGAAAUGCUUUUAGCAGCCGGCGCUGAUAUAAAUAGUAAAUUAUUUUCAAGAAAUUAUUCCAACUGGACUAUUCUCGAAAUCUCUAUUUAUUUUGGAUACAAACAAAUUCUUCACUAUAUUUUAUUUCACACGGACAUUGAUUUGACUAAUUUAGAUUACAGUACAGUCGAACUGGCGAAAUUUAAUGACCAUUUAUUAACGGAUGACAUUCAGGACUUGGAAUAUAUAAACACAUGUAAAGAUAUUUACAAACAAAUAACUUAUGAUAUUAUUUUUGAGAUACUCAGGAGAAAAGAGGCGGGUUUAUUUUCAAACGAAGAAACUUUGAUGAGAAUUAAUUAUCCUCCGACACAUAUUGAUGUUGGUGAAGAUGAACAUCUAGAUAGAAUGGAAAAGAUAAAAGAAGAAAUCAAUGGCGUAGUUUCUGAAAUGAAAACGGAGAAAAUUAGCAGUAGCGAUAUUACUUUUUGGAAAAUUCUUACUGUAGGUAGUAAUGAUUUGGUAAAACUUGCCUUCAAUGAAAACCUGCGUAAGCUUUGUAUAGAAAAUUAUGAAGGUAAAUAUUGUAUAUAUUAUCAUAUUUUAAAAAAACGUCUUGAUUAUGCUAUCGGAAAAAGUAUUUCGUUGGAAAAAGCUCUGGGAUUACUUGAUGUGUUGGUAAAAAAUCAGUUACCUUACGAUUGUAGGGAACGCAUUGUUAAUUUUUUAGAUGAUGACGAAUUGAAUUUUUUUGUAAGCGCUAAGACUUAUGUUUAAAAUCAAUUGCAGUUUUACAAAGUCUUUUAAAUUAAUUUUAUAAAGUUGACGUUACAAAUCUUAUAAACUUUUAACCCGCGAAUUGAUAACUUGUUGGUAGAGAAGAAGUCUUUUAUAGCUGCAGUUAAUUUAAAAUGGCCGUUGAUAAGCCUGAGAAAUAUAUAAACGGACGAAGGCAGAACAUAUUUCUUCUUUCUCACCGUAAUUAUUUUUGAUAAUUUAUAAAAAUUCAUUUUAUACUUAUGUUUAUUUUCAAUAAAAAUUAUAAUUCACUUAGAG